AUGGUUGUGGAUGUAGUGGACCUCAACCAGCGGAUUUCAGCCUGCGGUCGAAGUCAAAUGUGGAGAGGUGCUCUGCACAUCCUGGAAACGCUUCAGCCAAUGCUUAGAGCAAGCCUUAUCAGCUUCAAUGCAGCACUACGUGCCUUCUCCAGCAUGCACUGGUGCGAGGCUCUCUGCCUGCACCGCAGAAUGCUUCAGCUGUCAGUGAAAGAGGACAUUAUCACGGCAAACAGUUCCGGACAAGCACUGGAUGACUGGCAAAUUGCUUGCAAUCUGAUGGAGGCCACAUGCAGAUCAACAGUCAGAGUCAGUCAGACGAGCUUUGGAGUGCUCCUCAAUAGUCAAAAAGCUGGCCAAGCGUGGGAGCGUGCAGUUGGGACAUUCAGCAGCAUGAACAGAGUUGCGCUGCAAAGCAACGAGAUUAUAUGCAGCUCGGCGGUCCAUGCAAGCAGUGUGGUUUGGGAGACUGCCCUGGCCGUGAUGAAUGCCUUGACCGCCAGCACCCAGCCCAACAUUGUAUGUUUCAGUUCACUAAGUAGCACACUGGACAGGAAAGGUACAUGGAAGAAAGCGCUUUCACUAGUUCAUGCAGCAAUGGCACGGAAUGUCAAACUGAACAAGUUUCUUCACAACACCGCCUGCAGCUCGUGCUCAAAGGUGGCACGAUGGGAAAAUGCUGUCCAGGUGCAGGAAGACAUGGCAUCACGCCAAUUAAAAAUGGAUGUCGUAGGCUCCACCUCUAUCAUCAGCUCAAUGGAUGCACCAUGCUGGAGAUCAAUUCUGGCAUUGCUCGGCAGAAUGUGCAACUCUGGCAUCCAACUAAACAACUUCGUGUUUAAUGCAGCUGGCGAUGGCCUUGUCAAGAGCACCCAAUGGAACAUGGCAUCGUGGCUCUUGCAUGCUAUGUAUACUCGUCGCAUGGAGAUGGAUGUGUUCACACACAGCCUGGCAUGGACCGGCUAUCGCCGAUCGGGCGGGCAGACCAUAGACUUCCUAUCGCAGUUUCUGCAAAGCAGCUUGAAGCCGAACAAGGUCCUCCUGUCGAACGCGAUCACUCUGCACAAAGAACGCUGCCAGUGGGCACCAGCACUGGCAAUCUUUAGCUACAUGAGCAUCAUCAACACGCAGCCUGAUCUCAUAAGUCACAGCGACGUCAUUGGUGCCUGUUGCUCACCCCGUUGGCAAGUUGGCUUCCACUUGUGGUUCCGGAUGUGCACGCUGCGAGUGGAGACGGACGUGGCUUGCAUUGCACAAAUUUUGGAUGCUGCUGCUGAGCAGCAAGCCACCUGUGUGCCAGAGCUUGCUGAAAGGCUCGACGCUUGCGCAACCUCGCUAUAUGCUGCUUCCCAGCAUCUCCAGACAAAGCAUGUGCCACCGGCGAGGGAAUAG